CCACUCUUGCUUCUGCCCUUGAUGGAGCUCAGCGACGCGUCGCUGGGGCCACGCCUGCCGCCUGAGCUGGAACGUGAGAUCUUCGAGGCCGCAGCUGAGAUGGAUCCGUUAUCGAUCCCGCAGCUCCUGCUCGUCGCGAAACGCGUACACCUGUGGAUUGAGCCGCUUGCAUACCACACUGUGACCGUGGACGAUUCCAUGCGCUUCCUUUCGUUUCUCGACAACGCCAAGAACGGGUGGAAGCCGCCCGCGUUCUUCGCCCAGCAUGUGCGGUAUCUCAGGCUCUUCAUCCACGAGGAGGAUAUCCCGGACGAGGCUAUCCUCUGCGCGCUCGCGCUUUGCACCGGCAUUACGCGCAUCGGCGGCGCCGGCCCGGUCGUCGGCCCCGACCUCCUGCCGUUCCUAGCCAGUCUGCGCCUCGAGCGCAUUGCGCUGUCUCUCACGCACGUGUUCCCGGACCUGGAGGGGGUCGACCUCGGGCUGCCGUGCUUCCAGACACUGACACACUAUGACGUGUUCGACGACCUCUCCGAGCACCAGCAGGCGCUCCGCUUUGUUGGCCAGCUCGCCUUACUGCCCUGCCUGACACACGUGUCCCUCAAUAACGAUGUCCCGUGGCCGGCCGUCGAGGAGCUCCUGCGGACGUGUACCAAUCUCCGCGUGCUGGUGCUGCAGUGGGACUCCGGGCCCGCCGAGGAGGGUAUUAAGCGCGCGGCGGAGACGCCGUUCCGCAACCCGCGGUUCGUGAUGACGACUUUCGAAGACAUGGAGGAGACCACGUGGGCCGCGCCGAAUCUGUGGACGAUCGCAGAGCAGUUCAUCGAGGAUAAGCGGCAGGGCCGUAUCGACGAGGGUUGUUUUUGGAUGCCACGCGCGAACUAG